UACAUUUUUGGCGCAGAACCGUUUCAGUGACCCCGAACCCAUAUUUUCCAACCCGAACCCGAAUUCCAAAACUCCGUAACCCGAUUCUCUUCGUCUUCUUCGAAUUCCGUUUUUCCUUUUUCAAGAUUUCCCAAUCUCUCAGAGAGAGAAGCUUCCGUACGAUAAUGGAGGAAAAAUUGAAGGCUCAGAAACCAAACCCUAACCCUAACCCUAAAACCAAUACUGCGAAGAAGAAGAAAAAGAAGAGUGAGUACGAGUUCUGCAAAGUGUGCAAUCUGAACCACGAUCAAGGCCAGCGACACAAGUACUUUCCGAGCCACAAGAGUUCGCUGUCGAACUUUCUCUCUCGGUUCCAAACCAAGCUCUCCGACGUUCGCUUCUUCCUCAAGAACCCUAGUCCUCUCCGUCCUGAGCUCGCCUCUAAAAACCGGUUCUGGUGCGUCUUUUGCGACUCCGAUAUUGACGAGAUCGGCAGCUCCUUCGCCUGUUAUAAUGCGAUUAAUCAUCUAGCAAGUGCUGAUCAUCUGAAAAACUUGAAGCAUUUUUUGUGGAAAUAUGGUGGUGGAAUGGACCGCGUGGAUGCUUUUAGGAUUUGGGAAGCUGAUGUAGCUAAGUGGGAGAAGAAGUGCAUUUCUUUGAAGAGCGAUGCUGUCUCCUCGAGUCAAGGAGCUAUUGGACCAGAAAUUGGACCUUUGAAUGAUAUCCACAAUGAAAACAAUUAUGGAAAUAUUGAUAAUUUUGAAAAUAGUAGUAUCCAAUCUGUUAAAUCAAGUCUUUCAAAUGGUGUUAUGCCUUUACAGUAUUAUACGAAUGAGUAUCAGGUAUCCCAUUCAGGACUCUAUGAAGCCACAAAUGUUGGCAUGUUUGCGCAUGAUUUUGGCUCUUUUUUACCUGCGGAGACAUGCUCUGACACAAAUUUAUGGAAUUUGAAGGAUAUAAGAGUUAACAGGAAUAGCCAACAUUCUUUUCCUUACAACAGUUAUAGCUCAGCUGAUGGCUCUUUCAGUAAUGGAAGAAUGUUCCAGGUGCAUGAGGAUGAAGGAAUUGUAAAAGGAGAAAGCAGUUCUCAUGGAUUGCAGAAUCUUGCUCGAAUUUCUACCUUGGCCCCUGAAGAGGCUAGAGGUAAUGUGCAUACUGGAGCGCCUCCCCCCUGGUUGGAAGCAACUGAAGCAAGCCAGAUCGAUGCUCCACUAAAACCAGCAGCAGGCAGCCUUGUGCCUCUUAAUAAGUCAGGGAAGUCCAAAAAAUUGAACCCAAAACGGGUUGGAGCUGCUUGGGCAGAAAAGAGAAAGAUUGAGCUGGAAAUGGAGAAGAGAGGAGAGAUUGUCAAGAAUGAUUGUGAUGCUAACUGGCUUCCUAACUUUGGUAGAGUUUGGCAAUCUGGUAGCCGAAAAGAAUCUAGAAAAGAAUUUGAGAUGGAGAAACAAAAAUUGCUCAAGCUUGGGAGUCAAUCUGAAAUACCAAUCGAGAUACAACCUUACGUCAGCAAGCGAAUGCGAACAGAAGCAGGUGAAUGAUUGUGUCAGAGAUAAAAAUGCUAAGCAUCAAUAUUCCUUGUGGCUGUAAUGUUAGGGAAUCACUAUGUAUAUAUCUUAGUCAAAUCUCCCCCAUGCCAAGUUUUGAUUGGAGAUAAAUGGAGCCACAAUCUUGCAGGAAAGGUGGGAAGCAGCAUUGGUUCAAUACAGCCCAAAAUGGGUAAUGCAUAUACUAGGCUAUUGUACCCAAAAAGAAAAAAAAAA